AUGGAAAAUGAAAAGAAAUGCAAUGUUUUAGGAACUGGUGAUGUAUGCCUUAGGUUUUCUUUUGGUUCUGUGUUUACUUUGAAGGAUGUUAGCAAUGAACCUAAGACUUAUAGAGAAGCAUUAAGGUCAAAAUAUUCUGAAGAAUGGAUUAGUGCUAUGAAGAGUGAGAUGGAAUCCCUAAGAAUUAACCAAACAUGGAAACUUGUUCCUAAACCUGCUAGUUGUUCUGUAGUGGACUGUAAGUGGUUGUUUAAGGUGAAACAAGAAUCUGAAAGUGUUAGGUUUAAGGCUAGGCUAGUAGCUAAGGGAUUUACUCAAAAGGAGGGAAUUGAUUAUGCUGAAAUUUUUGCUCCUGUUGUCAAAUUCACUACUAUUAGAAUUAUCUUUGCUUUAGUUGCUCAUCUUAAUUAG